CUCUCAGACUAUAAACAACGUGGACACGUUAUUCCAAUCUUACUUUGAUGCUCAUCCAUUUAACAUAUUUGUAUGCAUCCGUUUUCAACUCUCAAAGACUGUGGUGGAGAAUCCAACAAUGCAGACCAUGGAUAUUGAUGACGACACGUCUCCCAACAAGCCCAGUGUUACAUUUUCAGCUAAUUUUCUGUGGUGGAAAAGACCCUCUGGAGUUGCUGCAGUGUGUCUGGGGCUGCUGUGUGUUCUCCUACUGGCUGGGAUCAUAGGCCUGUUUGUCUACUAUGGAGUCAUUGAUCAUCACUACUCAACAGAGAGAGACCAACAGACCAGUUACAGCCUUCUGACUAAAGAAGGAGAUCUGCAACCAACCAGUUAUAAUAACUUGACAAAAGAGAGAGACGAGCUACAGAGCAGUUACAACACCUUAACUCAAGAGAGAGAAGAGCUACAGACCAGUUACAACACCCUGACUAAAGAGAGAGACCAGCUACAGACCAGUUACAACACCUUAACUCAAGAGAGAGACGAGCUACAGACCAGUUACAACACCCUGACUAAAGAGAGAGACCAGCUACAGACCAGUUACAACACCUUAACUCAAGAGAGAGACGAGCUACAGACCAGUUACAACACCUUAACUCAAGAGAGAGAAGAGCUACAGACCAGUUACAACACCCUGACUAAAGAGAGAGACCAGCUACAGACCAGUUACAACACCUUAACUCAAGAGAGAGACGAGCUACAGACCAGUUACAACACCCUGACUAAAGAGAGAGACCAGCUACAGACCAGUUACAACACCUUAACUCAAGAGAGAGACGAGCUACAGACCAGUUACAACACCUUAACACAAGAGAGAGACGAGCUACAGACCAGUUACAACACCCUGACUAAAGAGAGAGACCAGGUACAGAACAGUUACAACACCCUGACUAAAGAGAGAGACGAGCUACAGACCAGUUACAACACCCUGACUGAAGAGAGAGACGAGCUACAGACCAGUUACAACACCUUAACUCAAGAGAGAGACGAGCUACAGACCAGUUACAACACCCUGACUAAAGAGAGAGACCAGCUACAGAACAGUCUCACCACAAGGACCGCUGAGAGAGACCAGUUGCAGAAUAGUCUAAAUACCAGAACCACUGAGAGAGACCAGCUACAGACCAGUUACAACACCCUGACUAAAAAGAGAGACCAGUUACAGAAUAGUCUCACAACAAAAACUAAGGAGAAAGACCAGUUGCAGAAUACUCUCACCACAAUAACUCGGGAGAGAGACCAGCUACAGAAUAGUCUCACCACGAGGACCAAAGACAGGGACCAGCAGCAAAAUAGUCUUAAAGUUAUGACUGCUGAUAGGGAUCAAUUAAAGAAUAGUCUUAACUCACGGACCAAAGAGAGAGACCAGUUGCAGAAUAAUCUAAACACUAGGACCACAGAGAGAGACCAGCUACAGAAUAGUCUCACAACCAAAACUAAGCAGAAAGACCAGUUGCAGAAUACUCUCACCACAAUAACUCGGGAGAGAGACCAGUUGCAGAAUAAUCUAAAUACCAGGACCACAGAGAGAGACCAGCUACAGAAUAGUCUAAAUACCACAACCACUGAGAGAGACCAGUUUAAAACCAGGCUUAGGUUCUAUGAGAAACCCUGUCUGGAUGGAUGGUGGAAGUUUGGCACCAGCUGUUAUUAUGUCUCCUCCACGGUGAACACAGCUGGGGCCGGUCAGAAGGAGUGCAGAACAAUGGGAGGAGAGUUGGUUGUUAUAAACAGCAGAGAAGAACAGAAGUCAUCAAAAGAGAGCGCCUGGGGAAUAGGAGUGGAGCUAGGCACUGCAGGGCCUGGAUUCACCUCUACAUCGCCAGAGGAACAUAGGAGGAGAAGAAUAAGGAUAUUUAUCCAUGGAUUUAAGAAGAAUGUCUGGAUUGGUAUAUAUAAAAAAGACAGAAUCUGGCAGUGGGUUGACAGCACACCAUUUAAACCUACAUAUUGGAUGGGAGGGGAACCUAAUAACAUGAAUGACGAGGUGGCUUGUGUUGAGAUCUCACAGACGGCAUCAGACCCAUUGAAGAGUUGGAAGGAUGGACCCGUGUUCUCCAAAACACUGGGUGUGUGAAAAACCAUUCACACCGUAGUCUAAUUAUAGUAGCUACUGUAACCCCAUAUCUUAUGGAGUUGUUCUGGUUUUCACUGUUAUUCUUAAGCUGUUUUUGUUUCUAUGUGGAACUAACUACAUUGAAAGAUGUAUUCCUGUCUUUAAAGAGACCAGAGCUAUGUGGAGUCUACCGUUCAUCAGGCCCAGGGGAGUGGAACUGGGGUCUCGUAGGCUCUAACUGUGGUUUACAUUUGUACCUAUAUGGUGGACAUAUACAAUUAACAAGAUACUGUUUCAUUGAAGUUUUUACAGCUAUCAAUCCAUUUGAAAUGCAGCAGUGUUCUAUGUUUGCUUCCAUUCUGUUCCAUAUGUUCCAUGUGUUCAUUCUACUGAUUAAAUACAUCUAUAUACUGUGA